AUGGCACCGCACGCUGAGACUGAUGCGGGCACCGCGAACGGUGGUGGACACUUCAAUACCAGCGGCAGCGCGGCUGACAAUGGAGCGGCCGCCCGCCCCAAGUUCAUCGUCAAUUCGCCCAACGUGGUCUACUCGGACACGGAGAUCCGCUCCAAGUAUACCUACCGCACCACCACGGUGGCGGAGGGCGACAACGGUACGCGCGUGGUCACCCCUCACGAGACCGUCUACGACUUCAAGGUCGACACCACGAUUCCCAAGCUCGGCGUCAUGCUGGUGGGCUGGGGCGGCAACAACGGUACCACGAUAACGGCCGGCAUCAUUGCCAACCGGCGCGGCCUUGUCUGGGAGACUCGCAAUGGCAAGCAGGCGGCCAACUAUUACGGUUCCGUUGUCAUGGGCUCUACGCUGAAGCUCGGGACCGAUGCCAAGACCCGCGAGGACGUCAACAUCCCGUUCCACGAUGUUCUGCCCAUGGUCCACCCCAAUGACAUCGUCCUUGGCGGCUGGGAUAUCAGCGGCAUGAACCUCGCUGACGCGAUGGACCGCGCCAAGGUGCUGGAGCCGACCCUCAAGGCCAUGGUCCGCAAGGAGAUGGCCGAGAUGGUCCCGCUUCCCAGCAUUUACUAUCCUGACUUCAUCGCUGCCAACCAGGAGGACCGGGCUGAUAAUCUGAUCCCUGGCUCCAAGGCCUGCAUGGCUCAUGUAGAGCAGAUCCGCAAGGACAUCCGUGACUUCAAAGCAGCCAACGGCCUGGACAAGGUUAUUGUCCAGUGGACUGCAAACACGGAGCGCUAUGCCGACAUCAUCCCUGGUGUAAACGACACGGCGGAUAACCUGCUCAAGGCCAUCGAGAACGGCCACGAGGAAGUUUCUCCGUCGACCGUGUUCGCGGUAGCUAGCAUCCUCGAGGGCGCUCCGUUCAUCAACGGCUCCCCGCAGAACACCUUUGUCCCUGGCGCCAUCGAGCUCGCCGAGCAGCACGGCGCGUUCAUUGGCGGCGACGACUUCAAGUCCGGCCAGACCAAGAUGAAGUCUGCCCUGGUAGACUUCCUGAUCAACGCCGGUAUCAAGCUCACCUCGAUUGCCAGCUACAACCACCUCGGCAACAACGACGGCAAGAACCUGAGCGAGCACAAGCAGUUCCGCUCCAAGGAGAUCUCCAAGUCCAAUGUGGUGGAUGACAUGGUUGCCGCCAACAGCGUCUUGUACGGCAAGGAUGAGCACCCUGACCACAUUGUCGUCAUCAAGUACGUCCCUGCUGUUGGCGACAGCAAGCGUGCCAUGGACGAGUACCACGCUGAGAUCUUCCUCGGCGGCCACCAGACCAUUUCGAUGUCCAACGUCUGCGAGGACUCUCUCCUGGCGUCGCCGCUUAUCAUCGACCUGGUGGUGAUCGCCGAGCUGAUGACGCGCAUCAAGUGGAGGCUGCACUCGGACGACAACCAGAGCGCCAAGGGCUACAAGAGCUUCCACAGCGUGCUCAGCGUGCUCAGCUACAUGCUCAAGGCGCCCCUGACCCCUCCUGGCACGCCGGUGGUCAACUCCCUGGCCAAGCAGCGUGCGGCGCUAGCCAACAUCUUCCGUGCCUGUGUCGGUCUCGAGCCCGAGUCGGACAUGACGCUGGAACACAAGCUGUUUUGA